UGAGUGCACUCGCAUUACUGAGUGCUUGCGCGAAAGGUGAAUAAAGUUAAUAAAAAUAAAUAAAAAAGUUGAUAAAAAAGAAUCGGUAUCGCGUGCAAUAAUCUUAAUAUCCGACCCGAGAAUGUAAUUACUCCAGUGCUCUUCGAUUUUCUGUGACAGUUUCGUGUUUGAUCAAAGUGUCUCCUCGUAAACAACUUGAUUGGCUAAAACGACCCAAUAAACUUUAAUUAUUUCUAAAACGAAAAUUUAUUUAAAUAUCCAAAAAUAAUGUUAAAAAUGCCGAAAGAGAACGAGGACUACUCGAUAAGAUAAGAAUGUCGUGAACACAUGAGUACUGGAUGGGAAAAUGUUGGAUCUCGUCAACGGCAUUUCACGGCCAUCGACGAUGUAUCACGCUCCAAGCUUGGAAAAUUUUGGCAAGGAUCCGAAAGAUGCCCCUUUUUUAAGAAGAAAAAGUGGUCAAUCUUUUCGAGAGAAAAAAUGGAAAAGAAAUAGCAAAGGAUUACUUUGCUCUUUGGGAAAACUUAGUUGCCAUGAUUAUUACAGUCCAGACACUUUAGGCACUUGGAAAUUUCACAGAGUCUCCCGCCAAAGCCAUGAGGGGAUGAGCACUGGAGGAGAUGGUAGUGGUGGCGGUGUUGGAGGGGGUCACGGAGGGAGUGGGGGCCGAAGUACCCCCCCACAUGGGUCACCCACCCCAAUGGAUAAAGCGACACUGAAAGUUCAUUUACCUAAUGGUGGCUUCAACGUAGUAAAAUUUGGAGAUGCAAUUGACGUCAAAGGAAUUAUUGCCUUGGUUACCAGUAGACUCGCCGUUGGCACAAGACAUUAUAAACAACUUUAUGCAAUGAGACUCCACCAUCCUGGUUCUGCAGAAAGUUAUUGGCUACACCAAGACACCACAAUGUACCAGGUUCAGGAAAAAUACGAAAAAAAGCAUCCCCACAGUGAAUGGAGGUACGAACUUAGGGUGCGAUAUCUACCUCAAAAUUUAAAUGACCUUUAUGAGAAGGACAAAGUCACCUUUUUCUACUACUACGACCAGGUUCGAAAUGAUUAUUUGAAUGCGAAUCAUUCAACUCUAGAUCAGGAUGUUGCCGUUCAAUUAUGCUGUCUAGAAAUUAGGUACUUUUUCAAAGACAUGCCCCAAAUUGCUUUGGAUAAAAAGAGCAAUCUGGAAUAUUUGGAAAGAGAGGUCGGUCUACACAAAUUUUUACCACGCUCGGUUCUAAACGGCAUGAAACCGAAAGCCUUGAGAAAACUAAUUCAGCAGCAUUUCAAAAAAGUCGCUGCCCUUUCGGAACUGGAAUGCAUGUUUAAAUUCUUCGAUCUAUUACGCUCUCAUUAUCGAUUUGAUCAAGAGCGUUUUAUUUGUGCUUUGGGGUCGAGUUGGUCGAUUCCUGUGGAACUAGUCAUUGGUCCUGAUCUUGGAAUUUCCCACAUGGCUCAUAGAGGUGGAACUGCGCCUACGAGAAUGGCUGAAUUCUCGGAUAUUCAGUCGAUUCAAACCCUCGUCUCGGAUUGUAAAGAACACACAAAAGCUUGCAUUAAAUUAAGAGUUGCAGGAGCAGCGGAAACUCUAAGUAUCACUUGUUCUAGUUUAGAGCAGGCCGAAAGUUUAGCGGAUUUAAUUGAUGGCUAUUGCAGAUUAGUCACUGGUAGUAACACUUCCCUCUGGAAUAGGAAAGCUGCUUCGUGGAAAAAUUAUCCCUGCCCUUGCAAAGAUGCGCAUCCGCCAAAGUAUAGACAAGAAGAUAGCGAAAGUCCCGAUAAAAAUGCUGGGAAAACUGGAACGAUUUUGUCUGAGGAUUAUGCGGAAAUUGUCGACGAGGAAGGAGAUUAUUCGACUCCAGCGACAAGAGAUUACGAAAUAGUCAGAAAUCAUGUCGAGUUGGGAGAAAUAAUAGGAGAAGGACAAUUCGGAAAUGUUCACAAAGGUUCCUAUAAAGGACGAGAUGGUCAAACAAUUGCAGUUGCCGUGAAAACUUGCAAAGUUGAUGCUGAUUUAGCAACAGCCGAAAAGUUCCUCGAAGAAGCCUAUAUUAUGCAGCAGUUUGAGCAUCCGCACAUAAUCAGACUCAUAGGUGUUUGUUCGGAAGCCCCGAUUUGGUUGGUUAUGGAAUUAGCGAGGCUUGGAGAAAUGCGCGCUUAUCUUCAGUCAAACAAACAUAGACUCGAUUUGGCAACACUUUUGCUUUAUACUUUUCAACUCAGCACCGCUUUGUCCUAUCUUGAAAGCAAGAAAUUUGUUCACAGAGAUAUCGCAGCGAGAAACGUUCUCGUUUCUGCCCACAAUUGUGUAAAACUAGCGGAUUUUGGUUUGAGUAGAUGGGUGGAAGAUCAGAGUUAUUAUACUUCAAGUAAAGGCAAACUACCAAUUAAAUGGAUGGCACCCGAAAGCAUAAAUUUCCGAAGAUUUACAACAUCCUCUGACGUAUGGAUGUUUGGCGUCUGCAUGUGGGAAAUAUUGAUGCUGGGUGUAAAGCCUUUCCAGGGUGUAAAAAACAAUGAAGUAAUUCGCAAAUUGGAGAAUGGCGAGCGACUGGCUUUGCCGAAUCAUUGCCCGCCGCGAUUAUAUUCUUUGAUGUCGCAGUGCUGGAGUUACGAACCUAGUAAGAGACCGACGUUCAAAGAUAUUAGAGAAACUUUACAUGAAAUUCUCUUGGAUGAGAAGCAUCAGCAGCAGGAAACAAUGAGGAGAGAAAACAGGAGAGUGCAAGCAAUGUCUUGGGCAGGAGCAGAUGAGAUUCCGCCACCAAAGCCAUCUCGCCAGCCUCAAAAUGCUGGGGACCAAACGCAAGUAGCUCCAGUCUCUACCUACAUCGUGGCUCAGAGUCCGGAGGUUCUCGCCCAACUCCUCAAGGAUAACCAGACUCGGGGGGUAUGUCCCUCAGUCUACACAACCCCAGCCACCCCCUUCAACAGUCUCGCUGUUCAGUUCCAAGACGAAGAUCAAGUCCUGACAACCGCCGCGGUCUCAGACUUGCCCUUCUUCGAUCCCGCUAUCUCCGAACCAUCCGCCUCCCACGAAAAUCACUCACAAUCAGCAGACUCCACCCUCUCCGAAACUAAUCUCGACUCCCUAGAUUCAUCUGACACCAUGUCCCCACUCAUGUCCAGCCUCACCAUCUCGGACUCCACUCAUUCUCAGAAUCAUUCCCCAGCUGCCAUCAGAAGCCAGAGGGUUAAAGAGAUGCAGAAUUUGUACGCUGUCAGUUCCAAGGUUCUCGCUACCGCCAGCGACCUCUACUCCCCGAUUCAAAAAUUCGCCCCAGUUUCCUCAACUCUCGAAAUCUACGGACCCGUUGCUAAUUUCACCCAAAGUUCCGCAAUUGUCGGAAACCUCAGUCAAAGUCCGAGCGUCGGAGGAAAUUUCGGCGAGAAUCCUGGAAACCCGAGUACUCAUGGCAACUCGUGUACUCAUGGAAACCCGAAUACUCAUGGAAACUACGGUACCUCGAGUGUCAUGAGUCAGUCCUUUACAGGCCAGGCUUCUUCUCAAAACUCGGUACCCACUGCUUCCUAUCUUCAAAAUGUCACUCCCAAUAUCACGAUUCCUUCUGCCGGGGCCGAGUGUCUCUACGGCCCAGUUCUGAAAUUCCGAGCGCAAAAUUCCCAGAAUCAGGGAGAAGUGAAGUCCGCGACUCCUCCUAAUGUUUCGCAUAUUCAGAAUGCUAGGGUCUACAGUCCCACUCCGAUGCAGGGUUAUCAGGCACAGCUCUAUCCUCAGAAUUAUCAGCACCAGCAGAUUUACUCGAAUCUUCCGGGGCAGGAGCAAAUGUAUAUCUCGAGGGCGCAGCCCGUUCAGCGACAAAAUUCACAGAAUUCGUAUCAGCAGAACUCGUAUCAGAGUCAGGCUUCUUACCCUCAGCAAGGUCCGAUUUAUACGGUUCAUGCAACGCCGACGAGUAUUGUCCAGGCGCAGAAAAUGCAGGGUUUUCAGAUUCAGGGCGGAGCCGCGAACUCGCCGAUGUUAGGUCAGCAGAGUCAGUUUUGUGUUCCAAAUGUUUCCGCUCAACAAGUCGUAGUUUUGCAACAACAAGCGGUGCCAGUUGGCAGACAGAAUUUGCCCCAGAUGGCGACUGGUGUUGCCAAGGUCACAACCUUCGUGGCACAAAAGUCGGAUGAGCUACUGGCGACCUCUACCGACGGCACGAUGCUUUCCGGGCCAAUGUCACUGGUGUCGUCGGCUGUCAACGACAGUACAUCCACCAGCUCCAUGAACGAAGAGGCUCAGCAAGACCAGAGGAACGCACAGUCUCAGAUAUUUGACUGUAGUGGAGAAAGCUUUAAUCAUGGAGUAGAGGAGGAAGCGAAGCUUUUGGAAAAACGAUUACUGGAACAACAGCGUCAAUCGGAAGAAGAUAGUCGAUGGCUUGCAAGGGAGGAGAAACGUCUUUCGAUCGCAACGAGCGGAGACGAAAGCGCAAGUCCUCCCGUUCCUCGGUCAGUGACUCAAUCUCCUAGUCACGAACCCCAUACGACAAAUACAGGCUCUUUAGGUUCAGACAAAGGAUCUGACAAAGUUAUAGUCGUAAAGAAAAUGGAACCGACUCCGACAGCAGAUCUUGAUAGAACGAACGAUAAAGUUUACGAUUGUACAACAAGUGUCGUAAGAGCUGUGAUGUCUUUAUCUCAAGGAGUACAACAAAGCAAAGCGGACCAAUAUUUAGAACUAGUUCGAAGAGUGGGCGUCGAAUUAAGAGCCCUGCUUUCAUCUGUGGACACUCUAGUCGAAAUUCUUCCAGCUUCUGCUCAUCGGGAAGUUGAAAUGGCCCACAAAGUUCUUAGCAAGGACAUGGCUGAACUUGUUUCAGCAAUGAGGCUCGCGCAAAAUUACAGUGCGACUACUCUUGACGCUGAAUAUCGAAAAGGAAUGUUGUCAGCCGCUCAUGUUCUGGCAAUGGACGCGAAGAAUCUUUUGGACGUGAUUGAUUCAAUUCGAAUGCGAUAUCCGUAUGUGAACAAUCAAAUUUGCCAUAAGCAAAACGAUUCCUUGGUCACUCGAGGUUCAACUCCUGAAAAUAGAAUUCGCUCGAGUCAAUCCGGAGAACAUCUUCUGAGAAGAAGUCAGUCUAGUGAAAGACAAGGUCCUGCCUUCAGGCAAAGUCAGAGUGGAGACCUUUUACACAGGAUGGGACAGUCUGUUGAUCGUUCACUGCAGGGCAACCAAACAGAGGUGAGUCCUAUCUCCUCCCUGGAAAGACGUCAUCAUAUGGUCACAAAUAGCCUUGAAAGGAAUUCCACAGCCCGCAGACAAAUGGCGACCAACAGUCUUGAAAGAAAACGUCCUUCGCUCUCAAUUGGUACCGGAAAUUCUGUCCAUUUGCCACCAAUGGUUCCAGUUUCUUGUAAUAUAGUCCAAACCAAGGCUCCUAUCAUCCAACCAAAUGCCACAAUUCCCUCUGAAAUCGCGCAAUCAGUUUUCGGCAAUAACAAAAUCCUCAGCGAGUCUCAAAAUGAGAGCUAGCAAUGAGGAAAUCUGCACUGAGGUGCCUUGUAUAAUUUCCCCUCUCUUAUAUACUACGACGGAUCUGCGAUUGAAACUUUCACGGAGUACAAUUUAGAUUUAUGUAUAUAAACAAUUGAUUUAUCCUUCCUCUUUAUUCAAAUAUCAGAGAAAAAUAUCAGGUACCUUCAAAAUCGAAGGAAGAUUUCAAAGUAUUUGUAUUUAAAGAUUCUGACUCGAUGAGGGCGCUAGUGUUCCCAACAGUGAUGGGAUGUAACUAGUUUAUUUUAUGUAGUUACUUUUUUUUGUAACGAAGUUACUUUUGUAAAUAAAUAAC